UAGAACGGUUGUUAUUAUUGGGGAGUGGUGGACUGGGAGGUGGUACGGGUGUGGGCGGUGGGAGUUCGGGGUCAGGUAGGUCGGGAGGAGGUUCGAGUUCGUCGUCGUCCUCACUGACCAGCUCGACACCGUACCACCACCACCUGCAGAUCGACGCACCCACCAUAUCAUUCAACUCGUCCGUGAAUCGACCCUUCGAAGACCUGCCUGAAAACUUUCUCGAGACCAUAUCCCCCCAACAGACACAACCCCCCGGUCCCGGGGGGGCGAAUGUGCCCUCGAACGGAUCCGGUGCCGGCGGACAGCAGGACAGCCCGCAGCUGGCAUCGCUUGCGCCCAUGAGUCUGGGCAGUGGGGACAGUGCGUACGCCACGCUGGCCCCAAUGAACGCACAACCGAGUUAUACGACGACUUCAAUGAAAAUGGAAUCGAUACAGUCGGAUUGCGGAGCGCAUUCCAGAGGGAUACACAACACACACCCGAGUGCGUUGGAUAAACUCAGGUGG